CUCUUCUCAUAACUUCAUCAACUUGAAAGAUGUCCUCAGUCCGCCCCUUGUUCGUGGUCGCCGGUAUCGGCAAUGGCACCGGCACCGGAGCUGCAACCGCCCGUCUCUUCGCCAAAUCUGGCUACAGAGUCGCUCUUAUCUCUCGAGGGCCAGAGUACCUCAAUAAACCCGCUACAGAGAUCAGCCAAGCAGGCGGAGAGGUGCUGAUUCCUAUCCAUAUCGCGGGCUAUGGUGUCUGGAAGCCAUUCCUUGAUAUCACGGAAGACGAAGUUCGUGAGUCGAUUGAAACCAACAUUUUAGCGGCUUUCGCCUUUGCACGCGAGGCCCUUCUUGAGUUCACAAAACUCGAGCUUGAGACCGCGAAUGAGGGCGGAGUUGCUGGCAAUGCUCGUAAAAGGGGCACCCUUAUUUUCACUGGCGCAACGGCUUCUAUCCGAGGCAAUGUUCUGACCUCUGCAUUUUCUGCGAGCAAGUUUGGGAUAAGGGCUUUGUCGCAGAGCCUAGCUAAGGAGUUCGCCAAGAAGAAUAUACAUUAUCGUCUAAUGAGAACAGCCAUCAUUACUGACCGCACCAAAUCUCAGCGCAACAACCCUUCUUGGGAGGCUGAUCAGGAUGUUCGACUCGAUCCUGAUUCUAUUGCCAAGUCGUACUUGCACCUCGUCGAACAAGAUAGUUCAGCCUGGACUUGGGAAAUUGACCUGCGUCCUGCUCAUGAAAAGUGGUGAGCAACUCGACCAGCAAGUUUUGGUCUGGAGUCAAAGCGCAAUCAGAAAUCAUUGGAUUUGUAAGUCUUGCUAUGUAGUUAUGUUGUUGGUGCCUAUAUGCGCCUUGUUUUCAUUUGUCACAUCCUGUUGUUCUUUCGCUCCUCAAAAGCAUCUUUCACCUGC